UGUUGUAUGUGUGUGCAUAUAUAUGUGGUUGGGUUAGUUGUGUAUGUAUUCCCCACCCCUGUUUUCGUUCUGAAACUAACGCCCUCUGCCCGUCUGGUCAGUGGUCUGUGUACAUAAUAAAUAUCCUAUCACGCCACUUCGACAUUUUUAUGGUCAAGGAAAACGAGGACAGGCUCUGCCCUUCAAUCAUUUUCCUCCGUUUAACUGUUUAAGUCAAAGUAGCAGCUCUGAAGUAGAAAACUACAAUAACAGAUUCACCUCUGAACGGCGUUACAAAUGGCGUUCCCACUUGGUUCUUUUAAGGUAGAGGACGAUGAAACUGUUCCAUAUGGAUUCGCGAUUUGUGUGUUUGUUUACACUUGUGUUCUUGUGAUACUGGUGAUGGUGGCCGCAUUGGUGCUGAAAUUGAUUGGCUACUUGGAUUGUGAGGGAGGAGGAGGUUCGACGGAGAGUAGCCGGCUGCUGCCAAAGGCGGCGAUUCCGAUUCUUUAUGGAGCUUGCGGGGAAGAAGAUGAAGAGUCCAGCAACUGCAGCCGGAGCAAUUCGUCGGGGGAAGGCGGCGAGGAGUUUUACAGCAGAAAGAUAUGUGCCAUUUGCUAUGAUCAUAACCGGUGCUGUUUUUUUGUCCCGUGCGGUCACUUUGCUUCUUGUUAUGAAUGUUCCAAAAGGAUUAGUGAAGGGGAAGCCAAGACAUGUCCAUUUUGUAGAACAGAUAUUCACAUGAUAAGAAGGCUGUUCAGUCUGUAAACCCAACCUGAGUUGAUGUCCAUAAUAUUAUUAAGGGACAUCACUCACAUCAGCGCAUGCUGUUUGAUUUGUACAUUCUGCACACUACUUUCUGGGGCAAUUUUCUGGUACUGAGCUGAAUUUGUAAUCUCAAUUUAUAGGCAAAUGUAGUUCUCUAAACUGUAACAUCUGUUCUCGAACAAAAUCGCUCCAAUCGAGCUUUGAUAUGUUCAAAGAUAAUGCAAAGAAAAAC